GCCGCGAGAGCGACGCACGUGUCAGCAGCAUCAUCAUCAGCUGCUGCCGCUGCCGCCACUGUACGAGUGUGGUUAUCAAAGUGCACCUAGCCUGGCACACAGGCGAACGGCGGGUGUUGGGGGUUGCCGCCCUUACACGUGGGUUGUCCCUCGACGCGCACAGUGAAGCCUUGGUGCGACAAGAUCUCCCUGCCAGCAGAGAAUGAGCCCCGAGCCAUGAGAACCAAGUCCUCUGCAGCAGCAGCAUCAGCAUCAAGCCUCUCUUGAACCUCUGGCUCGGAGCCCUUUGCUCAAGAUGUCUGUGUACCCGGCUCGGCAGCCCGAGAUCAUCCGUGCGGCACAAAAGGACGAGUUUUACAGCAACGUGAUCAAGGGUGGCUUGGCGGAUGUCUUUCAGCUGCUCGUGGGAGCACGCAAAUGGUUACAGUGGAGGCGAGAGCUGGAGCUUUUGGCUGACGUCACAUACCUCAGUCUGACAACGCUUUCAGGCUUCCAGACGCUGGGCGAGGAGUACGUGAACGCGGUGCAGGUGGACUCGAGCGGCCGGCGUGUCCCCUCGACGUCGAGGCGUGUGCUCUACGCGCUCCUGCACACCGCGCUGCCGUACCUGCUGGAGCGGGGGCUGGUGCGGCUGGAGCACGCCAUCCAGCAAGCCGAGAACAAUGCACAGCUACAGCAGAGGGGCGAGCAUCCACUCUCUCAUGGAUCCUCAACCUACUCCCUCGACGACGAGAGCCACCUCCUCGCUGCCAGCAACAACGAGUCGUCGUCGGGAGCGCACAGACGCACGCUGCUUUGGCUGUGGCGCGUGCUGAGAAACGCCGGGCAUCGCCUGCAGGCACCGCUGGGAGAAAUAGCAUUGUGGAUACAGAGCAGGCUGGCGGAAGUGCAGGACAAACAGAGGCUGCUGCAUGUCGUGCAGGCGACGAGACAGGCACUCGCGUUCCUGCACCGCCUGCACAUGUCCCUGUUCUACAUCCGCGGUGUCUUCUACCACCUGGCAAAGAGGGUCGCGGGCAUACAAUAUGUGCUGGUGAGAGGCUUCCCGCAGGAAGAUGCGAGCAUGCGCACCGCCUACCGUGUGCUGGGCGCCCUGUCGCUCGUGCAGCUCGCCUGCACGCUGGCGCUGUGCGCCCGUCGCGCCGUCACGAGGGCCCGACCGCGCCGCGACGGGGAGAUCCAGCGUGUAGCGCCGUCCUCCCCAUACGGCGGCGCUCGCGGCGAGGGAGCGUGGGGGAGCAGCAGCAGGUGUUCGCUGUGCCUGGAGCCGAGCCGGCACGCCACCGCCACGCCGUGCGGACACCUCUUCUGCUGGGCCUGCAUCACCGAGUGGGCCGGCACCAAGGCGGAGUGUCCACUGUGCCGAGAAAAGUUUCAGCCCCACCGUCUCAUUUACUUGCGGAACUACAGAUGAAAUUUGAUCAUUUAGAAGCCCUGCACCCUCACUGCUCCUCGUGUCAAAUUGUUCUUUCCGAAUGAGGAACGGCCACUGACUUUGUUCCUGGUCGCCAGUACUUCAAAUGUGAGGAUGGAACUGGAAAUUGUGUCAAUUCUAUUGGAGUUUGUUAAUGAUUAUUAAUUCGUUGACAAGCAUGUAAUUCAUAUGUUUGGCAUGUACAUUUGUGUAAUUAUUUAAUUAAAUGUCCCGGCUUA